GCCCAUAGUGAAUGCUGCGCAGCCUACGCCCGUGGCGCAGCCGACCCAGCCAGUUCAUCCCAUGCAAGUCCUCGGCCAGAAUUUGCUUGCCACCCCGGCUCCUGAACAGACGGAACCCGACACCUCGGAGGAGACGCGCCACGAAAGCGAAGCUUCUUCAGCAACUGCAACUUCUCCGGUGGAGGUGGCAAGCCCGAUUGAAGGGGAGACGGUUACCCCGCCUCCCGACUCUCCUGAAUCUCCAGCCACGGAACCGGAUCAGCCGGAAGAUGCAAGCGCCACGAAGGGCCAGACGGUGUCAGCACUUCUGGAGCAGCUGAGCGGCAAGAGUCCUCCUGCCGAUGCUGAUGUGACGGUUGCUGCGUCAGACAAUGGAAAUUCUGGAAGUAAAACAAAGGAAGCCCGGCAACGAGAACAGCCAGCGCUGGCUGCCUUGGCGGAUGCUUUUGCAGAUGGCAAAGACGACAACCAUCUGCAGCGUGGCCUCGAGCCGACUGUGCGGAAGCUGGAACUUCCGGAAGCAGGACUCUAUCCAGAUAUGGAGGACAUGGGCCAAGCUGAGUGGCCUACGUGGAUGGACUCGGUAUCGGACACUGGUCGAGGAGGUGCGAUCGCUUUCCUACCCGCCAGUGUCCAGAGUGAUACACAUUGCAUAUACUUUGUGCAUGGUGGUGGCUUCGAGUAUGGCGCGCCGCUUGAAGACGGAUAUGACAGCCUCUGCUCACGAAUAGCAGCAGGUUCAGGCCUCCCUGUGGUGUGCCCCGAUCACCCUCUGUCUGGGGAGAGUCGUCCCUUCAAGGCCCCGGAGAUCAUCGAUGUGCUUCUCAAGGGCUUUCGCUGGCUACUGCGCUUCGACCCGGUGACAAAAGAAAGAAGGACGACAGCCCCCAAGGUAAUCAUUGCCGGUGAUUCCGCAGGUGCCGCACAGGCGCUUUCAAUUGUUCUGCGCGCGCUGUCGCUAGAUGACCAGGAGCUCGUGGCGUCAAUCUGCGGAUUGAUCCUGAUCUCCCCGUGGCUUGAUCUGAGCUGUGGAAGCCACACCUAUGUGAGCAACGCCUAUGCAAAGGAAGGGCACACGGGCGAUAUUGCUUUCCGGGAGCAUGCGGAUGACAACCGCGCAUCUUUCCGCGGUAUGGGCUUGACGUAUACUGGAUCGGCGGCACUUCUGAAGGUCCCUCGAAAUUUUGGGGAACGCUCGAGGUGUUGA